CAGUAGUAAAUAGUUAUAAUUAAGGUGGGAAAAAUAAAGAAAUAAUGGAAGUGAAAAGUAGGGCAGUGUGAAAAGGGAGGGAGAGAAUCUAAAAAGGAAGCAACAUUUGUAUUUCCUCUUGUUCAUCGGCAGUAGCAGUAGGAGAAAGUUGAAUCGACGAAGCCUAGUCCGGAGUUCUUUUGGCAGCGAGUGUAGGGAACGAUGACCGGCGGCGGGUCUACGGGGAGGAUGCCGACGUGGAAGGAGAGAGAGAACAACAAGCGGAGAGAGAGAAGACGGCGAGCGAUCGCGGCCAAGAUCUACGCGGGGCUCCGCGCUCAGGGGAACUACAAGCUUCCGAAACACUGCGACAACAACGAAGUCCUGAAAGCGCUGUGCAACGAAGCUGGGUGGAUGGUGGAAGAAGACGGGACGACGUAUCGCAAGGGGUGCAAGAGACCUGCAAGCGGAAGCGAGAUAGGAGGCGCUAUGGAUUCAUCGAUUCAGGCGAGUCCACAAUCGUCUUCAUUCCCAAGCCCAGUACCCUCGUACCAGGCGAGCCCAACCUCUUCCUCCUUCCCAAGCCCAACACGUAUUGACGCAAACAACUCCUCCUUUCUCAUCCCAUUCAUCCGCAACAUAACAUCCAUCCCUGCCAAUCUCCCCCCUCUCAGGAUAUCCAACAGCGCCCCCGUCACUCCCCCUCUUUCCUCGCCGCGAGCCUCCAAGCGCAAGGCCAACUUCCACCCCCUCUUCGCCACCUCCGCCCCCUCCAGCCCCACGCGCCGCCACCACCUCGCCACCUCCACCAUCCCCGAGUGCGACGAGUCCGACGCCUCCACCGUCGACUCCGCCUCCGGCCGCUGGGUGAGUUUCCAGGUCCAGACGAUGGCCGCUGCCCCCCCUUCCCCGACCUUCAACCUGAUGAAACCGGCGAUGCAGAUCGGGUCCCAGGACGUGAACGAUGGCAUGCAGAUGCAGUGGGAGCGAGGGUCCGAUUUCGACUUCGAGAACGGAAGAGUGAAGCCGUGGGAGGGUGAGAGAAUACACGAGGUCGGAAUGGAUGACUUGGAGCUUACUCUCGGCGUCGGAAAGCCCUGAUGCCCAUGCUUAGAUCUGCUCUGCCCCUUACUCUUAUGCUUUUAUUUAUUUUUCCUUAUGUAUAUACCUGUUCCAUUACCAUUACCAUUACAUGGAUUUUCACUUCGUUGUAAUGCCUUCUUAAUUCUUCAAAGCUUGCAUUUCAAGCAUCUCCUUUUAAUCAAGACCAGGGGAAACCAACUCAUUUCCUAAUUCUUUCUCUUACUGCUUUCAAAUUCCCCUCACAUCUGUAUUUCAUAAUACUAAUUUUCUAAGGGUGAAACCAUGUUUGGAUAAAGCUUACAAGGGUUUUUCAAAGCUUCUGUUCUGCCUAGUACUCUUUUAUUUUUAGUACAAAAACCUUUCCCAAAUCCUUUCUGUUCUGCUUUCAAAUAAGCUUGUACUCUUUAUUUAUGAUUAUAUGCUGAUUGAUACCUUUUCUUCCUUU